AUGAUCAGCAAACACUCAAAGGAUUUUGAAGCAAAACCAGGGCCAAUGGAAGUCAGCAGCAAAGACUCAAAGGAUCUUGAAACAGAACUGAUGCCAACGGAAGUGAGCAGCAAACUGAACGAUAGCAAAGAGAGGAGGGAAACCUCAAUUUCGAAAAAUGUAUUGGAGGAAGUUGAAAACAUAAACUCAAACCUGUCAAGUAUCCAGUUUUAUCAGACCUUAUUCACAAAUUAA